AUGGAUGGUAAUGUUCCUGAAGAAGCCACACAGUCAACAAAUGUGGAAAUAUCUGAAGAAGAUAUUUUAGUUGCUGCUCCUAAUAUUGGUGUGGAAUUAAAUAGUGAACCUUGUAAGGGGAUGGAAUUCAAAUCUGUGGAAAAGGUUAGAGAAUUUUAUAAUUCAUUUGCAAAAAGGAUGGGUUUUGGAGUACGUGUUCGCUCAACUAAACCAAAGAGAGCUGUCUUUGUAUGUUGUAAUGAAGGUCAUCAUAUAGUGAAAAGUUCAACAAACAAAGAAAUCCAAGAUGGCACAAAUCAAACUAAAAGAAAGUGUUCUACUUCUCGAACUGGUUGUCUAGCCACACUUGUUGUUAAAAGAGGUACAUUAGAAGGAAAUUGGAUUAUAUGUUCAUUUAAGAAUGAUCAUAACCAUCCCAUGGUUAGCCCUAAAAGUGUGUCUUAUAUGCGGUGUCAUAAAAGCAUGAAUGGUGCUGCAAAAAGUCUUGUUGAACAUUUUAAGGAAGAAGGUAUACCGACAGGAAAGGUUGCUACAAUGUUCAGUGAAGGGGACUUGGCUUUCUCUAAUAGGGAUUGUUGGAAUCAUGUUAGAAGUCUUCGAAGAAAAAAUUUAGACGUUGGAGAUGCUCAAGCUGUUUUUAAUUAUUGUAAACAGAAACAGGUAGAAAAUUCAAACUUUUUCUAUGAAAUCCAAUGUGAUGAAGAUUCUCGGAUGAUAAACUUUUUUUGGGUUGAUGCUAGAUCAAGAUUAGCUUACCAACAAUUUGGAGAUGUAAUAUCUUUUGACACCACAUAUAAGACUAACAAGUAUAGUAUGCCAUUUGCCCCGUUUGUUGGAUUGAAUAAUCAUUAUCAAUCAAUUUUAUUUGGUUGUGCUUUACUACAAGAUGAGUCAGAACGCUCGUUUAUAUGGUUGUUUGAAACUUUUCUUAAGGCAAUGGAUGGUAAAAAGCCCAAAUCUGUCAUAACUGACCAGGAUUUGGCUAUGAAAGGUGCUUUAGCCAAUGUUUUUCCAGAAACUAGACAUCGCCUCUGCUUAUGGCAUAUUAGGAAAAAAUUUGCUGAAAAGUUAGCUCAUGUUUAUCAUAAAAAUUCCACUUUCAAGCGAGAAUUGAAAAAAUGCAUUCAUGUUUCACCAAGUAUAGAAAGUUUUGAAGAAGACUGGAGCCGAUUAAUGAUUGAGUACGGACUAGACAACAAUGAAUGGCUUCAAGGGUUAUAUAAAAUUAGAGAAUCUUGGAUACCAGUUUAUAAUAGAAGCUGUUUUUUUGCUGGGAUGAAUACAAGUCAAAGAAGUGAGAGCAUCAAUGCGUUUUUUGAUUCUUUUGUGAAUGCAUCAACAACAUUGCAAGAAUUUGUGUUGAAAUUUGAAAAGGCGGUUGAUAGCCGCUUAGAAGUAGAAAAAAGAGAGGAUUAUGAAAGUAGGCAUAAAAAACGCAUUUUGGCUACAGGGUCAAAACUUGAGGAGCAUGCUGCGUCUAUUUAUUCGAGAAACAUUUUUGGUAAAUUUCAAGAUGAGAUCAGGAAGAUCUACAAAUUUUAA